AUGGGAAUCGGGGCUCAACACUUUCUUCUCAGGUUUCUUCUCAACCUGCUCCACAACUUCUACUUCUUCUUCUGGCCCUCCUACAUCUUUGACGGUGUCCACGACUCGUUCUUCGACCUCCUCAUCCUUCUUCUUCUCCACUUUUUCUUCUUCUACUACGUUCUCAACUGGUCCUACUACCUCUUCUACUCCGUCCUCGACUCGAUCUUCGACUUCUUCCUCAUCAUUCUUCUUCUCAACUUCUUCUUCUUCUCCUCCCUCAUCUUUCUUCUCAAUACUCGUCUCUCCUUCCAAAUUCUUCGGCUCACAACUAUUGGCUUCAAUGCUUUCCUCGUUUUCUUGUCAAGAAAGCAUCAUAUGUACUACAACCGUUUCUCUAACUACGGACAGCAGGAAGACUCCAUUUACGAGAACGAUGCUGAUGAGGAAACAAAAGAGGCAGCGAGCAGAGGGAUGGAUCAGUCAGCCGACAAUCAACCCGGCACCAGCACUUCAUCCAACUAUUAA